AUGUUCAUGCAGGUCAAAGUCUUUGCAGCGAAAAGGGUUGCUCUACGGUUGUGGUGGUGGCCGAAUGGAGACCUAGACGGACCUGCCCAAGAUUAUCGGAUGACUAUGCACCCAUUUGCCGCGAUAUCUUCUCCCUUCUGUGCAAACUUCGCGGUAAAACCGACCGUGAAUCAAUUUGCUCAGCACUUCGAACCCCGGUGGACUCCUGUGUUGAACAAUUUUUAUGUGGACGACUUCCUGGGAUCCUUUGAUAGCAUCGAGGAAGCAGUUCGACAUAUUAGGGAUCUAUCCAAGUUACUGCUCAUGGGAGGGUUCAAGUUGAUCAAGUGGAUGUCCAACAGUCGUCAUGCAAUCGAUUGCAUCCCAGUUGAUGAGCGGGCGCAGAGUCUCCGUGAAUUGCAGGGGAGUCCGUUACCAACCGAUAGAGCACUUGGUGUGCAAUUGGACUCGGAGAAAAAAGUUCUUGUUCCAACUCCCGUUACCUGA